UCUCAUUACUGUCAUGUCAUCCGUGUUUGUGAUUUUUGUGGUUUUCUUUUAUAAUCUCAAUCUGGGUCUUGCCUGUUUUUGUUGGGUGAAUAUGUGGUGUUCUGUUCUCUGUGAGAAGCUUCAUUUUGCUGUUUAUCAGUGGAACUUUGGGUUAAUUUUGUGCCAAAAACACCUUCUUUGCAUUGAUAAUUAAAGAAAAAGAAUCUCAAUCUGGUGUUAAUUCCCUUAUUUAUUGAAGAUGGAAUGUUGUGAAUCUCUCAGUCGAUGGAGAACAUGGAUUGUGGUGCUUCAAGACAAACUAGAAAGAGGAAGUUGCAAGAGCAAGAUGAGUGUACAUUGAACUUCUUCUCCAUGGAUGAACUCAAUCAAGAUCUUCUUGAAAAGGUCCUUUCAUGGCUACCAACAUCCACAUUCUUUCGCCUAAGCUCGGUGUGCAAGAGAUGGAAAUCAAUUGCAGAUUCUCCUAGUUUCAAGCUUGCUUGUUCUCAGAUUCCUUUGAGGGAACCUUGGUUUUUCAUGGUUGAUCACCGCCUCAACCAAUCAAUCAUAUUUGACUCUGCUGAAAGAGGCUGGAAAAGACUAAAUCAUCCACCUUACUUUGCACAAAACGCUAAUUGUAACUCCAUGCCUGUAUCAGCAUCGGGAGGCUUGGUUUGUUUCCGCAGUGGUGCUGGGAACUUCAUUGUAUGCAAUCCCGUGGCACGGUCCUGUCGCAAUCUCCCUCCACUGGAUCCUGGUCCAAAAGAUCAGUGUCUUCAUGCCGUUGCAAUGAAUACAAAUCAGCACUCCUACAAACUUAUAUUAGUCUCUGGUGAGCUUCCAAAGCUCUCCUUCAAAGUCUACAACUCCAGCCUCAAUCUUUGGGAGGAAGAGGUUUCACUUAAAAGAAAGGUUGACGAAACUCGGGAGUUCGAUUCAAAUGGUGAUGAUACUGUGUAUUUCCUUAGUAAAGCUGGCAAUGUAGUGGCUACUGAUAUGCAGAGAAGCCCAUCUAAGCAAUUUUCGUCGGUCUUCACUCUCAAAGAUGGUGAAGAGAUUGUGUAUUUCCUUAACUCCUCGGGGACGGUUGUGGCUUGCAACCUGACCCGCAAAUGCUUCUCUGAGUAUCCAAGGCUAUUGCCUGCCUUUUCGGAGUACUCCAUAGACGUGGUGGAAUGCGGAGGAGAAAUGUUUGUAGUUCUGUUGUCGGAAUUUUUUGGAAGUGCAAGCCUUAGAGUGUGGAAGUUCGAUGAGAGCGUGCACUGUUGGAAUCAGAUUGCAGCAAUGCCUCCAUCAAUGUCUCAUGAAUUCUAUGGGAAGAAGGUCGACAUAAACUGUGUUGGUACCGGUAACCAGAUACUUAUCUGCCUCAACUCUGCUGAAUUUUUCAGUUAUGUUCUCUGCGAUUUGGAUAUGAACAAAUGGACUGAAUUGCCAAAAUGCAUAAUCAAUGGUGAAGCCAUGGAGUUUAUGUCCGCCUUCUCCUUCGAGCCUAGGAUUGAAGCUUCUGUGUGAUAACCUUAAAGAUGUCGAAAACAUAGAUGUAUUAAGAUUUGUGAUGCCAUUUUCACUUUAUUCUUUUAGUUUUCUUUUCCCAUUUUAUCUGUUGUAGUCUAUUGACUUGGAUUUUACUUUGAUUGUAUUCUUUGAGCAUAUAAGCCACCGAGCUGGUGGACGUUGUAAUGAAGUUUCCAUAGAAUUUGUCAGAUUUGAUCAUAACAUACUGAUAUCACAGUGUUCACUC